AUGGGGCGGAAAGGAGGAAAUUUCCGCCUGAAACAAAUUCCGGCCCCUGCUUUGCUUUCGGCUCAAAUCAGCGAGCAGCCCACCAGGCGCCCUUGCAACUCCUGCAGCAGCAUGCGAGCAAGUUUUUCUGCUGCGCUUUCAUGCUUUCCUGGAGAUAUCUCAGGGCAGAGAAACUCCUCAAGUGCAGAUCAGCGGUCUGUGGCUCGAUCCCCACCGCCCUACUCGUACAUCGCGCUGAUCGUCAUGGCCAUCCAGAGCUCGCCCAGCAAGCGCCUGACGCUCAGCGAGAUCUACCAGUUCCUGCAGGCGCGCUUCCCCUUCUUCCGCGGCGCCUACCAGGGCUGGAAGAACUCCGUGCGCCACAACCUCUCGCUCAACGAGUGCUUCAUCAAGCUGCCCAAGGGCCUGGGGCGGCCCGGCAAGGGGCACUACUGGACCAUCGACCCCGCCAGUGAGUUCAUGUUCGAGGAGGGUUCGUUCCGCCGCCGGCCGCGCGGCUUCAGGAGGAAGUGCCAGGCGCUCAAGCCCAUGUACCACCGCGUGGUGAGUGGCUUGGGCUUCGGAGCCUCGCUGCUGCCCCAGAGUUUCGACUUCCAGGCACCCCCGUCUGCGCCGCUCGGCUGCCACGGACAAGGCGGUUACGGCGGCCUUGACAUGAUGCCCGGGGGCUACGACGCUAGCGCGGGUGCGCCGGGCCACGCACAUCCGCACCACCACCACCACCACCACGUCCCGCACAUGUCACCCAACCCGGGCUCCACCUACAUGGCCAGCUGCCCCGUGCCCGCCGGGCCUGGAGGUGUAGGCACGGCCGGGGGCGGCGGCGGCGGUGGGGACUACGGCCCGGACAGCAGCAGCAGCCCUGUGCCUUCGUCCCCUGCCCUGGCGAGCGCCAUCGAGUGCCACUCGCCCUACACGCGCCCAGGGGCGCAUUGGGGCUCUCCCGGCGCCUCGCCUUACCUCAAGCAGCCUGCCGCUCUGACGCCCAGCAGCAACCCCGCGGCCUCCGCAGGCUUGCACUCCAGCAUGUCCUCCUACUCGCUGGAGCAGAGCUACCUGCACCAGAACGCCCGCGAAGAGCUGUCAGUGGGACUGCCUCGGUACCAGCAUCACUCUACCCCAGUGUGUGACAGAAAAGAUUUCGUCCUCAACUUCAACGGCAUUUCUUCUUUUCAUCCCUCUGCUAGUGGGCCAUACUAUCACCACCACCAUCACCAGAGCGUCUGUCAGGAUAUUAAACCCUGUGUCAUGUGAAUGGAGGGAGACAGGCUAUGCCAAGGCCACUUUCUCCUUUGGGGGGGUGGGGCGUGAACUGAGGUGGACUCACAUAAAGUGCACCCCAUAGCUGUAAGUAGCACACCAUUCACUUAGAAUCCCCAGGCCUGUGUGUUCACUGACACUUAUCUACCAUUGGUAGAAGGACAAGCCCUGGCAUGGUAAUGUCCUAAAUGUGUGCAGGCUCCACUGAGGGGAAGAGCUGAGAGCUCAACUUCUUAGCGAAGAUGGUAAAAAGUUACCACAUGAAAAACAUAAGCAUUUAACUCUGGGAUCUUCCUUGCCUUCAGUAAUCAGGGUCUGAAAAAUGCAGACAAGUUGUCUGUGUGUUUUUCUUUGUCUAUAAAAAUGUAUGUGCUUUUCAAAAAGGCAGUGCUAAACGCAAGACUUCAAGAAAGCUGCAUCUCAUUGCCUACCUAAGGAAGGAGUUCUGUUUUGCCAAACACUGCCUUUGGAUAUAAAUGCCAAAGAACAGUAUUAAGAAAGUAUUUAGAAACAAUGUGUGUAGUUUAAGAACACGGUUUUCAGUAUUGUGACAAUACAACGUUUUUUACAAGGUUAUUUUCUACCACAGUAUUUUAAGGAUAUUUUUAUCUCAUGUAUACUCACACUUGUAUUUUAAAAGGAGGAUAUAUUUGCACUUAUGUAUACUUUUACAGUUUUCCAAACUAUUUUGAUGUAAAAUGUUUUCAAUAAAAUGUAUGUAACAAAUAGUUA